CUUCUCUGCUGCCGCCACCAUUUCCCAGCAGGCCUUGCUGCCAACAGGUUUCCGCAGCCAUAGUUAGCCUGGUGGCCGCCAUCUUUGUUACCGUUACGAAACCGCCAGAUCAGUUUUCCCAAGUUGAGGCAGAGUGCUGCGUCUCUCCCACCAUGUCUGACAUAGAGAAGGGAAGCCCAGACCUUGGUGGCCAGAACAGAGCCCGUGGUGGGGUGGGCCAGGACCCCAGAUCCACCGAGUCUGCGGAGUUGGGGGCAGAAGUCGCAAGGGCCGCAUACCCUGGGGACUUCCAGGCAAUAGUGCAAGCUCAUGUGGAAGAAGAGGUUUGGCUGGACAUCCCCGAAGUCAUCAUCGAGAACUGGGAUGUACAGCAGGUAGAAGAGGAGUGGGUGCCAGGAGAGGAGGAGGCAGUUGGGGAGGAGGAGGACGAGCAGGAGGAGGGAGAGGCAGAGGAAGGGGGUGAGGAGGAGAAGAAGAGGAGCAGGAAGAAAGCGACGAGCAAGAGCGUGAGAAUCAUGUGGACAAAGAGGAAGAGGAGGAUGAGUCCGUAUCAUUCUUCGCUAAAGAAGUGGCUGAAUAUAAGUAUGGCAACUCUGAGGAGGAGGCCCAGGAAGCGGGAGGUGAGGAAGAGGAUGAACGUGAAGAACCAGAAGAAGGACUCGAAAUGGACAUGGACUGCGCAGAGGGCAGCCCCGGAGAAUCCAGGUAUUAAUGUGUAGCCUGGAACAGUAACUAAUCGUUCCUGACAUAUGCCUGUUACUGACAACUUUAUGUUUGGAAGUUUUUCUGCAAAGUAAAUAGGAAAAACCUUUUGAAAUUCAGUUUUGAAAGAACAGUUUUAUGUUAAUCAUAUCCUUGUAUACUAGGAAAUCUAGAGGCAGUAUGUUCUGAAAUGUACUUCAUUCUUAGCCACCAGUCCUUUGUUCUGUAGCUAUAA